AAUUUCUUCUAUUUGUCUCUCUCUUUCUCUCUCUUUGUUUCUUCUACUUUUUCUUGACAUUCAACCUUCAUGUCAACUACUCAUCCUUCAUUCACAUCUUUCACGCUUCCAACCAAUAUCGAUUCUCCUGUCAGUCCUUUUUGGACAACUGUAAAGGAAAACGACCAGUUCUAUCUUCAACGAACAAAGACUCAGAGAAACGCUCUCUUUCGAAGUGUAUUGGGCACCCUCCAGAGUGUUCUUGACACGAAACAAGCACCUUUUCGUAUCUUGUAUCGUAAGCCCAACGGAGCCUGUCUACAGAUUGUUGCCGCAGAAACAGAAAAGCAGGUAGAUCUGGCUUGGAAUUGGCUACAAGACAAUCUUCUCAAUCUAUUGACAAACCUUGAAGACACUGAAAAGGAAGUGUUUCUAGUCACCAAGAUCAAUUCAAUUGUCACGCGAAAAGACGCAGGGACAGACGAAAUUUCGGCAGAUGAAAAGGUCAGAAACGCAUCACGCAGUUUUCGGCAGACCUUUAAUGUUCCUGCAACUGAACGACUGGUGAACUACUAUUCAUGUGCAUACCACACCAAUCGAAUGACCAGUCAAGGAUGGCUAUAUAUUAGUGAAAACUAUAUUGCAUUCUAUUCGU